UCUUAAUUCGGUCCUUUUUAAACCAGUAUUUAACUCCUGCUUGUAGCGGGAUCAUGUUUAAGAGGAGCAAAAGCGAAGUUUUGGUGGAUGAAGACGCGUCCGAGGAGGAGGACGCGCCCUGGCGUCGGGAGCGCGCAGACAAGGAUAAAGAAUCGGCAGGAACAGAGGAAGUGCCGGGCCCCGCGACCAAGGACAGAAAAACCAAGAAGGUCAAAGCCAAGAAGGAGCGCGGAGACAAGAAGCUUCCCUCACAGGACGACGAGCACUUCCUGCUCACGGGAGUCGCCGUUUCUCAGAGGAAAGGGGGUGCUAAGGAGGAAAAGGUGAAGGUGCACGCGGAGAAGGAUCGGGUUCACUGCCUGUGGGACAGCAUCACCAUGACCAUGCGCCAGAUCACGCCCAGCCGCAAGAUGGACCGCAUGGAGGGCUGGGAGCCGCCGCAGCUGACCGAGGACGCGGAGGUGAAGAAGAGCGACGGCGAGGGGAAGAGAAGCGACUCGUCUCCGCUGUCCACCGGCCUCUCGCUGUCUCUGCCCGGCUCCCUGACCUUACCGUCCUGGACGGGCAUGAGCUCGGAGGACGACUCUUCACGCUACGCCAGUCUGAGCGAGCCCCAGGCGGCAGGACCCGCGCAGUGGGCGGCCCGGGCCAGGGACAAAUUGGCCGCCGUGAGGCGCCGCAGCCCCGGCAGCCAAUCGGAAAGCGCGUGGGAGGGGCUUAAGUGAGAAACAGUAAACCUAUGUAGUCA